AUGAGUUACGGACGAGAUCGCCACACAGCAUCUGUAUUAGUAAAUGGAAAAGUGUUGGUCACUGGUGGAUAUAAUUUUCCUAAUAGUCUAAACAGUGCUGAAUUGUAUGAUCCAUCAACAGAAAUUUGGACAACUACGGGUAGCAUGAAUAAUGGCCAGUCCGAGCACACAGCAUCGGUAUUGGCAAGUGGUAAAGUAUUAGUUGCUGGUGGUAGUAAUGCCGAAUUGUAUGAUUCAUCAACAGAAAAUUGGACAACCACUGGUAACCUGAAUAAUGGACGGUCUAGACAUGCAGCAUCCAUAUUAACAAAUGGAAAAGUGCUAGUUACUGGUGGAGUGGGUGAUUCAAAUACCGCUGAAUUGUAUGAUCCAUCAACAGGAAUUUGGACAACUGCUGGUAGCAUGAGAAAUGAACGAUAUGACCACACAUCAUCUGUCUUACCAAAUGGAAAAGUGUUAGUUGCUGGCGGAUGGCCUUAUAGUUAUCUGGGUAAUGCCGAAAUAUAUUAA